GAGAUUCGCAGCGAAAGUAUUUAAAACUGUGCAAUUGUUUUGAAUCGUUGAUCAGUUGCGGUCAGUGAUCGAUAAUAUGUGACGCGUGGUCUGCGAGAAUCUUGAAUAUUAAAAAAGUAACAAUUUUUAUUCGCAUCAAUACCGAUGAGCACAAACAAAUUGAAUAUGACGGAAGGCAGUUUAAUUGAGUGGUACGCCGGAAGGACGAUUCUCGUCACAGGCGGUACUGGUUUUAUGGGAAAAGUACUCCUAGAAAAAAUGCUACGUUGCAUACCUGAUCUGAAACGAAUUUACGUUUUGUGUCGCCCCAAAAAAGGAUUUUCUCCCGCUACUAGAAUUGAAGAACUUUCUAAAUUACCGUUAUUCGACAAAUUGAGAAAGAGUAACCCAUCUGUGUUCAAAAAACUGGUGGCGAUUGAAGGAGAUCUUACUCAAAAAGAUUUGGGACUAGCCGCCGAAUCUAAAGAGCUUCUGCUCAACGAAGUUUCUGUUGUUAUCAAUGGAGCAGCUUCUUUGCGUUUGGAGGCUGGUCUGAAAGCUGCUGUGGAGCAUAAUACUGUCGGCACUUUGAGAAUAUUGGACUUGAGCUGUCAAAUGAAACAUUUAAAGGCGUUUAUCCACCUUUCAACAGCUUUUUGUCAUUGUGAAUACGAAGUCUUGGAUGAAAUAAUUUACCCAGCUCCUGUUAACCCCAGAGAUGUUAUACAAAUGGUUUCGUGGAUGGAUGAAACUACACUGGAAGCUAUCACCCCAAGGCUGUUAGGACCUCAUCCGAAUUGUUACACUUACUCAAAAAGAUUAUCAGAAGCUUUGGUGAGCGAAUAUGCGGACAAAAUUCCAGUAGCUGUGGCUAGACCAUCUAUAGUUACACCAGCCUUGUAUGAACCAAUGCCUGGCUGGGUGGACAGUUUGAAUGGACCAGUUGGAGUGGUUGUGGCAGCUGGAAAAGGUCUCAUUAGAUCUAUGAUGGUUGACGAAGAUUUUUGCGCCGAAGUAAUUCCAGUUGAUGUUGCAAUCAAUGCAAUAAUUGCUAUUGCUUGGGAACGUGGACGUAGCUCAAAAGACUUGGAAGAAAAAGUUCCUGUAUACAAUAUCUCGAAUGGUGAAGUUCAAACUAUGACUUGGGGUGAGGUAUUAAAGCAUGGUAAGAAAUUGAGCUACGAGUAUCCAUUUGAAGCUGGAAUAUGGUUUCCAAAUGGGACCAUCAGAAUGAAUCCAAUAACACAUUAUUUAAUUGUACUGUUCUGUCAAAUCAUACCGGCCUAUUUCAUCGACGCAUUGCUCUUUUUAAUGGGUCAAAAAACCUUCAUGGUAAGAGUACAGAAAAGAAUCCAAGUCGGAAUGGGUGUAUUACAAUAUUUCACCACAAGAAAAUGGAGUUUUUUGAAUCAUAAAACAAUUGCUCUCACAAAUAAGCUGAGUGAGAAAGAACAGAAAAUUUUUUACAUGGGGAACACAAAAGCAGACAACAACAAGUAUCUACUAGAUGUUUUAUUGGGAGCUAGACAAUAUUGCAUGAAAGAACCAUUAUCAACAUUACCAAAAGCUCGUUUCCAACUUAAACUGCUAUACUGGUUAGAUUGGGUUGCCCAAAUUUUAUUGUGGGGUAUGCUCACUUACUAUAUUGCUAAAUGGACCAACUUAUCAAACACAUUGAACCAAUACAUUAAUCUGAAUGGUUCGUAAAUACCUAUACCAACAUUUUAAUGGAGUCACAGGUUUACAGGAAAAAUUGAAUAUUUUGAAUGUAAUAACAGCCCUUUGAAUUGUGAACCAGCAUACAAUAACAGUGCAAGACAACGUACCAUGGACUUCGAUGCAUGGAUUUUCAAUGAUUCACCAAAAUAAUAUUCUAAUACAUCUUUGGAAACAUUGUUUUCACUAGAUAUAAAAGAUUUCCUUCAAACUUUAGUUAGGUACACUGUACACUAGUUUUUCCAACACCUCUAUAUUUUGGAGAAUUGACCUGAAUUCUUAAAACACAAGCGCUGAUUCAUGUCCACUUUCAACAAUUUUACAACUCAAAAAGUUGGUGAGGUCGGGAAUAUUUUUCAACAAGCACUCUGAAUAUUGUUGUGAUUUGAAGUUUGAACUCAAUAGUGAAUAUCAUUGAUAUGAAUGAAUACUGUGAUAUGAAUUUGAUAUUACUCUCAAGCAAUGAGGAUAGAAUUCUAGAAAAUAUGUUCAUUUGUGGGUACCUAGGUACUGUGGGAUGUGUGAAAAUUUACUUGAAUGUGCCACAUCAAAAAACUCAUUUAUGAAGACAUUGUGCCUAGUACUUUGAUUGAAUGAACUUUUAGAUUAAUUCAAAUUUCACCCCAUCUACCCUGUAAACCUGUUUCUGUUCUAAGAAAGUUUCAUUUUAUCUACCAUUAAUUAAUUUCUCAGGACAAAUAUGAAUUUAUGUACCUAUUAUAGCCUACCCUACAUAUUCAUUUCAUGUAGAUGUGUGUACAUUUUAUUCUCAUCUAGCAUAUACUUAAUGUUGACUGAUCUUUACCUUUUUAUUUAGUUACCAGUAUGAAUACCUACUUGUUAUGAAUAAGUUUUAUACCUACUACUACCUAUGUACCUACUUUUUGACAUGUUUAUAUUCAGAGUAGGGCAAAGAGGAAAAGCUCUCCUCUCUAUAACUGCCCAAAACUCUUGAGUUCUUUUAUAUUUUACUUCAGGUGCGGAUACUAGAGAGAAAAAUGUGGAGUGUUUUUUUUGUUGUUUGUAAUUUUACACCUGAUUUUCUUUAGUCAUAGUUAAUGCUCUUUGAGUCUGAACUAGGUAGUUUUCCAUGACAUAAUGUAAGUAAAAUCAGCACUUGUAGAAGAAAACAAAGGUUUAUAUUUUAUGUAAAUAAUGUGUACAAAAUGUACAAAAACAUGAAACUUGGAAGGCAUUUAUUUUCAGCUUGUGUUCAGAUUAGGUAUUUUUUUAUUUUGAGAUGAUUUUAUUAUAGAUAGGAAGUAGAAACCACAUUACACCAAAACUGACAAUUUUUUUGAAUAAUUUGUAGCAGAUUGUUGCAUAGUGUGCAGGAGGUGCACAUUACUGCCACUAAGUAUAUGUACUUUGUGUGUACCUAUUAAUUUUAUCAUUAAAAUAUAUUGCAUAGCCUAUCUUA